AGCGCAGCCGGGCAGGAGGCGGCGGCGCUGGGCGGCGCCGAGGCCCAGGGGCCGCCGGAGCCAGCGCGAGCCCGUCCCCGUCGUCUCCCCUCGCCCCCCACCCUGUCGCCGGCACCGGUCCCAGCGGCGCGGAGAGAAAGCCCCUGGGAUGUGGAAGGAGGGUUUCCUGUAUGGAAGGAGGGUACCCUGAACGGAGUGUGGGCUUCUGAGUCAGACGGAACUGAGGUCGGCCCCAGCACUGCUCCUUACCUUACUACCGCUGCAGACGUGGACAAGCUACCUUAUCCCUUAGAUUCUUCUUCUAUUUAUUUAAUUCAACAAAUAUUUGGUGGAGGUGCAGUCCUGGGUUUGCAGAACUCCUGAGCGUCACCUGGAGGUGCUGUGUGGUCGGGAGUGAGGGGCUGCAGGUCCGGACUGCUCAGGGAGUAGCAUGUGUUUCUCUGUGGCUGUGCACUUGGAUUUUGACCAGAAGGAGGGUAUCUGGGAUUUCGGCCUUGGGUACCUGGAGGGCGGAACAGCAUUGGAGGAAUCAUCUGACCAGAACACCUUGAAUCAAGUUUGAAGGAACAGAAGUUUGGAAAAGAUCUAAAGAUGAUUCUAACAUGGCCGGACCCCCCUGCAUCUUGCUGCCAAUAAGGGCCAUCUUUCUGUGGUCCAGAUCUUGCUGAAGGCUGGCUGCGACCUUGACGUCCAGGAUGAUAUACUGUGCUUUAUAUCAUGGUAAAGACUGAGAAUUAGUUGAAGAAUGACCUCCAGUGCCCUGGAGUGGGAUUAUUAUGAAUUUGAACCUGUGGAGACCAGUUCUUUAGAAUAUGCAACUCCAGAAGCAAGUUCCCUCUUGCUUCCUGCCAACCCUGUCAACGCUCAUUGGAGCUCUAACGCCAUCUCUGAUUGGUCAAUGAGCAAUCACACAGUCCCCGCCUCAGAAAUAGUCCAGGACUCUGUGGCCACGGUAAAAGGCACGAAGGAAGAGAAAAAUAAGAAAAACCAGAGAAGAAAGGCUAGGAAGAACCCUAGAAGAUCAGAGAGAGAAAAAGAGGGGGAUCAGACCGCCUUGCACCGGGCCGCGGUGGUGGGGAACACCGAGGUCAUCGGGACGCUCAUCCAGGAGGGCUGUGCUCUGGACCGACAGGACAAGGACGGGAACACGGCCCUGCACGAAGCGUCCUGGCACGGUUUCAGCCAGUCGGCCAAGCUGCUCGUUAAAGCAGGAGCCAACGUGCUUGCCAAGAACAAGGCGGGGAACACGCCUCUGCACCUGGCCUGCCAGAACAGCCACGCCCAGAGCACGCGCGUCCUCCUGCUGGGCGGCUCCCGCGCCGACCUCAAAAAUAACGCAGGCGACACCUGUUUGCACGUUGCCGCACGCUAUAAUCACUUGUCCAUCAUUAAGCUCCUCCUCAGUGCUUUCUGUUCUGUCCAUGAAAAGAACCAGGCUGGAGACACAGCACUUCAUGUUGCCGCUGCCCUAAAUCACAAGAAGGUGGUGAAAAUCUUACUGGAAGCCGGAGCAGAUGGGACCAUUGUCAAUAAUGAAACCUUCCUGGGUGAGCAGUGCCCCCAGCCUGUGUCUCCUAGAGCACUUACCCCCGUGGCUGUGUCCUCAGGUGUGACUGGGCUUCCCGUUGAUGGAAGAGGCUCAAGAGCAGGGCCACGUCACACGCAUGGCUGUGUUUUGCUGAGCACGUGUGCAGGCCGGACUCCACUGGAGACUGCCCGCUACCACAAUAACCCGGAAGUUGCUCUCCUCCUCACGAAAGCGCCCCAGGUCUUGCGCUUCAGUCGUGGGCGAAGCCUGAGGAAAAAGAGAGAGAGGCUCAAGGAAGAGAGGAGAGCUCAGUCUGUGCCGAGAGAUGAGGUGGCACAAAGCAAGGGAAGUGUCUCAGCAGGAGACACCCAUAGCAGUGAACAGGCUGCACCCAGAAAAGAAGAGACCAGAGAAGAUUUCCUGUCUGCCUCUCCGGAGCCCAGAGCAAAGGACAACAGGCAGAGAAAGUCAAGGCCCAAGGUGUCCGCAUUUUCUGACCCCACCCCACCAGCAGACCAGCAGCCCGGACAGCAGAAGAGCUCGCACACUCACGGUCACCCUAAAAAGAGGCCCAGGCAUCGCUGUUCAUCCCCACCGCCUCCCCAUGAGUUCAGAGCGUACCAGCUCUACACACUGUACCGGGGCAAGGAUGGCAAAGUGAUGCAGGCGCCAAUAAAUGGCUGUCGGUGUGAACCUCUGAUCAACAAGCUGGAGAAUCAGUUGGAGGCAACUGUGGAGGAGAUCAAAGCAGAGCUGGUGUCGGUUCAGGACAAGAUGAACACGAAGCUGGGGCACAUGGAGAAUAAGACCCAGCACCAGAUGCGGGUUCUGGACAAGCUGAUGGUCGAGCGACUCUCGGCAGAGAGGACGGAGUGCCUGAACCGCCUGCAGCAGCACUCGGACUCUGAGAAGCACGAGGGAGAGAAACGGCAGAUGUCUUUGGUGGAUGAAUUAAAAACCUGGUGCAUGUUAAAGAUUCAGAAUCUGGAGCUGAAGCUUUCUGGAGAUUCUAGGGCCUCCAGGACCAAAUCCACACCAUCCACUUGCGAGUCCUCCACAGGUGUGGAUCAGUCCGUGGUGACUGCAGGUCCAGUAGCAGCCUCUGACAGGUCCCCUCAGGUGGUCAGGCCCAAGGAAAAGGCGCCCAGCUCCACAGCCACCCACAGACUCCAACAGGACCUAUCUUCCUCGGACUGUGCAGGCUCCCGACUGAGGAACGUCAAGGUCCAGACCGCCUCGCUACCCUUGAAGGAGGCAGUCAAGUGCGACCCGCAGGCUGGGCCCUGUGUUGACAGAGGCACCCAAACCAAGAAGUCUGGGAAGAGUGGGCAGACGAGGCACCGCGGCCAGCCGCCAGCACCCAGCACCGCCUGUGGGCAGCCGCCAGCAGCCGCAGGUGGCGAGCAGGCUGCCCCUCACGUUCGAGACACCUCCCAAGCACUGGAGCUCACCCAGUAUUUCUUUGAGGCAGUUUCCACCCAGAUGGAAAAGUGGUAUGAAAGGAAGAUUGAAGAAGCACGAAGCCAAGCCAGUCAGAAAGCCCAGCAAGACAAGGCCACACUGGAGGAACACAUUAAAAGUUUAGAGGAGGAACUUGCUAAACUAAGGACUAAGGUACAGAAGGAAAAUUAGGGCCUGGGAAGUGGCACGAGAAAGGAUUCCUGAGGAUUUUCGGUCCUGCAAGUGCAGAAGAGCUGUGGCCAAAUGUCAGCUAUUGUGCACGUAGCAGAACUUGCCUUUAAAAAAAUAAAAAAUAAAAGAUCACUGAUUUCUAAAAUGUGCCAGAGGCCUGCUUCCUAGGCCCUGAAGUUAUGAAGACUUCAGCAAUUAGAUUAAAACCAGGGGAAGCUUGCUUAGUUUCAGGUUUCAUUACAGAUUCGAAACCUCAGCCCAAGUUCAUCGGAAGUUCAAAAGCUCAGAUUAAGUGUUAAGAACCUGAAGGAUGUGUAAGCCUAAUAUUCAGGAUAUGAAAUAAUGUAAAUGAAAAGCAAGAAAAAAUGUUAAUCCCUGUGAACUCAAAUCACGCAGUCAUUCAUGUCCACACACCUGCUGUGACUGGACAGAGUGUCUUUCUGUAAAAGCUGUAACAGACACGCUGAGCCCCUCUCCCUCAAGUUCAUAGUUCUCAAAAUGCUGAUGUUUUAACCAGGGGAAAACUUAUCAAAUAAAUUUUGAGGAGAAGGAUUUUCAUGAUGUCACAAGAUCCAGUAUAUCUUAAAAUGUUUUGAAAAUCAGAGUGUAUUUAAAUGAGUUAAUGGGCUAAGAGCACUGGGAAUGUUUGUUAGUUAAUGAACUCAAAUGAGAAAGGCUCAGAUCACUUGAUCAUGGUUUCUGUAUCUUUCAGCCAAAACACAGAAAUACUACAAUCAAUUAAAUUUAUCAUAGUGAUUUUAAAGUGGAUUAAUGGAAAAAACAUUCGUGCAACAAUUACCUGAAAUUUCUAUAACCUAAUUCACAGCCAGUUAUCUUAGAAUACCUUUCUGAAUUUGAGUUUAUUGGUCUACAUUUUGUAAAGAAAUAAGGCUGUUUCUUGAAAGUAUUUCAUUUUGAAUUGAGUUCUGUCGUUGAAGAACCUCAAACGCUUUCCACUGCUUUGUAGCAACUGUGUCAAGGUAAAUAAUUCAAUACAUUGAUUUAGAUUCCCCAGCUUCGUGGAGCCCUGUGGAUUUUCCUCUGCUGUACGGAGUACAUAAAGUUGCGCAAGUAAUGGUAUGUUGAGACUUUGGAUUUAAUUAUCUUCCAAGCUUCUUUUCCCUUGGAAUGUGGCAUUUAAAUUCAUCUCCUCAAAAUUCCGUAUAUGCAUAGAAACCUCGACUCUAUUUCUAUAAACACAGGAACCAAGUAACUGUUGUCUGUAAUUUUGAAUAAAGUUUUGCUCAUUGAGCCAAAGAGAAAGUAUGACUUUUUGAUGUGGGAACACCCAGAAAAGCAAAGUAUGCAUUUAGUCCCUGUGUGUUCUGCCCAUCAAGCUCAGUUGUUUUUGUUUGUUCUUUUAAAUACUGACAAUCUGUGAUUCUAGGCGUUCCUGAUAAAUGUAGAUGUAUGUCAUCAUUACAGAACCUGGACAGGGAGUUAAUUUGAUGUUCUCUCAAGUUUAUCGUAAGGUUUGUAAGCUCGUCUUGUUCCUCCACUACCAGCUGGGGACGUGGCUCUUCCCCGGAGACUCUCGGAUCGCUAACUGUAGGAGUGCUUUGCUCUCUUCGUCUCCCUGUUUGUUCCCGAUGCAGAAUCACAGGAUUGUAGAGCUAGGUGGUACCUUGAGUUUUCUAAACCUGUCCCCAACAAGGCAUCACUAACCUCUUUAGAAUCUUUCCUCAGUAUACAUCAGUCUAUUGAGAGCUGCCCAAUACUGAAAUCCUGAGGUGUUCAGUAAGUCAUGUUCCAAAGAGGAGUUAUUUGAGGAAUGCUGAAAACACAUUUUAACUAUCUAGACCAUAGAGUGCUUUGGUGGGAAGUAUUUUGAUUAUGUAACUCCUACCUAUCAGAAGGAGGCAACUUAUCAUGAACUGGAAAAUUCAGUCACGGUCAGAGAAGGAAUGUGAAAGGGCAAAUGCACUUCGUCUGGCAGAUGAAGUAAGUGGAUCUUGUCUCCCGUAGAAGGGAAAACCAAUAGAGGCGAUGAAACAGAACAGGCUCAGCCAGCCUCUAAUGCGAAGAAAUCACAGCAUCUCAAAACCAAUGCAAUAGCUUUUCCAACAACUGUGUUCCGUCACAUUGUCAAAAAUGCAACUACGAGUCCCAUGUGUAUUUCUUCUUAUUUUUUGCCCCUUGUGUUAUCUGUUAAAAUGAGCAAAUGCCACGAUAGUGCUUUUCCAAAGAAACAGAACUAUUAACAAUUUAUAGCCUGUCAUGUAGGUUGUGUUCCAAACUGAGGCUGGAAUUUUCAAUAGCUGUAGGGAAAAAUGAUGUAAAACACAGAAAAGAUGUACAGUAUUGCAGUGUUAGUGCAUUAUUGCAUUGAGCAUAGUAAAUAUCUGUGAUAGAUUGAAUAUUUAGUUCUAAUCUUAUGUUUGACUUUGGGAGCCCCAAAUAAAGGAAGUGAUGUUUUCA